CACAUUGAGUUAUUUCAAUUGCGUUUCUGCUACGAGAUUCUUCAAAAGUGAUGGCAAGACUCUCGCAUGGGGGCAUCCACAAACACUCAAUUUCCUAAUCGCUGCUUGACGUAAUGCCGAGAAGAGAUGUUGGUUUUUGAGCAUUUGGUAAAUCCAAUUAGAAAUCAUUGAAAGGUAAAUAGGACAAUCCAAUAUGGACAUAUAAAUUUUUAUCUAUUUUUCCUAUUUUUUUAAUUGUUUCAGCCCCAUUGGGGUAAGAAUUGAACUACGGGGUUGUGGUAUUAUGGAGAAUUAGGCCUAUAAGGCAAUGUCCAUUUAUCACGUAACGCUAAAAUCCAAAAUUUUUGAACCCCCUUCUCCACUCUAUGACGUUUUUUUGUAUUAAAACUCAAAUAUUGUUGUACGCGUGAGCAUUAGGGUGGGUCAACGUUGUAUCAAAAAAAAAAAUAAUUUAAUCAGAUUGAAUCACAUCAACGUUUUCUAGGUACCAUUUGAGGCUCCAAACAACUUGCUUAGGGUGUCCAUUAUGCCCCUAAUCCCCCCAAUAUACAGUUUUCUUGUAUGCCUUUUACUAUGGGCUUGAUUUUUUUCAGUACUUCUUGUACUUUUAACAUUAAAGCCGCAGCGCGGGGUUUCCUUCGAGUUAAACACCUUUUUUGUUAAACGAAAUUUAUUGAAAUCAAUUAAAUUGUGUCAAAAUAUCAUCUUUAAUACUCGUUGAAAGACAAAAACAAAAGAAAAAAUAAUUGAAAAAACAAUCGAAAAAAAAAAUUGACUUUAAAAACAUAUGGCAAAUGUUUUGAACCAAUGUUGUUAACCAUACAGUUAAAAAUUGCUAGCGGUCAUACAUUACUGAACAAUUCGAUUCUAUUACACGAAAUGCAAAAUAUAUGAAGAUGCGACUAUAGAAAGCGGCCGUAUGUAAAUCUAUGUCUAACCGUCCUAGAUUUCUUCAAAGCAAAUACCGGCAGAUGUUUAUCAUUCCGAAAGAAUGUGUCAAGAAUUUGUUUUGCAUUGCGUAAAAUGACGCAAUUUUUGCAAAUCGCACAAUAUGCGCCUAAUCGACAUCUCAGAUAUGCCCCUAAUGACCUACCCCCGCCGCACAUUGAGUAACCACGCGUAGCAUAUGCGGUUAUGAAAUUGGAACAAAGACAUUCUUCGAAUGUUCCGAACCGCAGAUGUUCGUGCGAAAAACCAGUCAACCCAACACGCUCAGCUGACCCAUCUUCACGCGGGGGUCAACCUGUUUCAGUGACGGUUUUUAUGUUUAUUGCUAUAAAAGCUAUUCGCCCGGCGUUUCAGGUAUUAUUCCGAACGUAUCAUUUGACCCCAGUUGACCGAGACUCCAGUAAAGCAAAAUGCGACUUUUUGCACUGAUAUGUGUUUUCUUCGUAGCCUGUGAGGCCAACUUUGUACCGGUGCAAGUGCCAGUGCCGAUUCCGUUGCCGUCGCCCGAUGUCCGAGAAGUGGAAAAGAAAAUUCAGCACGUAAAGGAAGUCAAGGUUCCAGUCGUGAAGAAGGUCCCCGUCGAGCACACCGUGCAGGAUGUGCACGAAGUUCCCGUCAUCAAGGAGGUUCCGGUUGUGAACGAGAUCAAAGUAUACCGCGAUGUGGAAGUGAUCCGUGAGGUACCCGUGGAGAAGGAAGUCCACAAGCGAGUGGAAGUUCCCGUUGAGGUCAUCAAGGAGGUUGAGCUGAUCAAGGAAGUGCCCAUCAUCAAGGAAGUUCCACACGUUAAGGUGGUGAGGGUCAUCAAGGAGGUUCCUGUGGAGGAAAUCGUCACCAAGGAUGUGUACGAACCGGAAACCAAUGCAGUGAAAAUCCCCAUCCGAGUGCCGGUCGUGCAGGAGGAGGUGAAAGAAAAGCCUUCGAAAUUGUCCGGUUUGUUGGGAUUCAAGGGUCUGCUUGGAUAAAUGUUGAAUGUGUAAAAAGUUAAGAUAGAAUAAAUAUUUAUUGAAUUUCAUUAUAA